AUGGUAAGCGCAAUUCAAAGUUUUCCUCUUCAUUGGGCAGACAUAUUGGUUUUAAUUGCUUAUUUUAUUAUUGUGAUCGGAUUUGGUAUAUGGUCAUCAUGUAAAAAUCGUGGCAGUGUUGGAGGUUAUUUUCUUGCAGGACGAACAAUGACUUUCUUACCAUGGAGCAAGUAUGGUAUUGGUGUAGCUGGUUUUGAAUUAAAUGCUAGUUAUGUAUUAAUAAUUCUUGGUUGGGUUUUUCUACCUGUUUAUAUAAAAGCUGAUGUUUAUACAAUGCCAGAAUUUUUAAAGAAAAGAUUUGGUGGUGAUAGAAUUCGUCUUUAUCAAACUGCUCUAGCUUUAAUACUUUCAAUAUUUACAAAAAUAUCAGUUGAUCUUUAUUCGGGUGCAAUAUUUCUUAAUCAAGCACUUGGUUGGAAUAUGUAUAUAUCGAUUAUUGCACUUGUAGCUCUUGCUGCUAUAUUUACUAUUGGUGGAGGAUUAUCUGCUGUUAUUUGGACAGAUUUUAUUCAAACAAUUAUUAUGGUUAUAGCAGCUUUUAUUCUUAUGAUUAUAAGUUAUAUUCGUGUUGGUGGUUUACAAAUGAUAAAAAAUCUUUAUCCAUAUUCUAUUGCUGAUACAACUCUAUUUAAUAAUACAGCAUGUGGUAUACCGCCUGAAGAUUAUUUUAGUAUUAUUCGACCACUUAAUUCAAAUAAUGGUCCUCCAUGGGUGGGUAUUAUUGGUAUGACCAUUAUGAGUAUUUGGUAUUGGUGCAGUGAUCAAGUUAUCGUUCAACGAGCACUUGCUGCUAAAAAUUUAACUCAUGCUCGUGCUGGUUGUAUUGUUGCUAGUUAUUUAAAAUUUUUACCUCUCUUUCUUAUGAUUAUUCCGGGUAUGGUUGCACGUAUACUCUUUCCAGAUAAAAUUGGUUGUUCAAGUCCUCAAGCAUGUAAAGAAGUCUGUAAUAAUGAAGUAUCAUGUACAGAUAUAGCUUAUCCAUUGAUUGUUAUUGAAUUAAUGCCACGUGGUUUACGUGGUCUUAUGCUUGCUUGUAUGAUUGCAGCAUUAAUGACUUCAUUAACAUCAAUAUUUAAUUCAUCAUCAACUAUAUUUACUAUUGAUGUAUGGCAACGUUUUCGAUCAAGAGCACCACAAUGGGAAUUACUUAUAGUUGGAAGAGUUUUUACAUUAAUACUUGUUGGAAUAUCUAUCCUCUGGAUUCCAAUUAUUUCAAUUGCACAAGGUGGUCGUCUAUUUGAUUAUAUUCAAUCAGUGCAAAGUUUUCUAGCUCCACCAAUAUGUGCAAUUUAUCUUCUUGCAAUAUUAUGGAAACGAAUUAAUGAAGAAGGUGCAUUUUGGGGUCUUAUAUGUGGUUUAGUUAUUGGUUUAAUUCGUUUUAUUUGGGAAUUUUCAUAUUCAGUUCCACCAUGUGAAUUAUCACAUAUGGAUCAACGUCCAGCUGCAGUUAAAUUUCAUUUCCUAUACUUUGCUGUUUUACUUUUUGUACUUACUUGUUUAAUAACGAUUACUAUCAGUCUUCUAACUCGACCAAUACCUGAUCAAUGUUUACAUGGCUUGAAUUUAUUUGAUUUGAAGAAUCCACUUAAAGCAACACCAAUUCCAACAAAAUUAGGAUGUUGGCAUAAAGCGGAUACGUCUUUUGAAGAUGAUAAUAUUCAAAUAAAUCUGCCUAUUCAAUCAAACAGUACAUCGGAACAUAGAUUUAGUAUUUUUUAUCCAGAUCCAACGCAUAAAAAUGCAAAAUAUUAUUUUAAAUUAAUGUUUUCAUGGAUAUGUGGUGUUGAACAUAUAGAUGAUCGUGAUAAUCAAACAGAUGCUAAAGCAACAAUACCACCAUUAGCAACAGAAAAUUCAUUUUGGAAACGUAUUUGUAAUUUAAAUGGUGUAAUUAUUUUAGGAUUUUGUGCUUUUCUUUGGGCUUUUUUUACUGAUUAUCGUAUUGAUAAAAUGUAUAAAAAUCCUUAA